GCCAGGGACCCGGCCGCGGGGCGCGCAGCACCUCGUCCUCGUCCUCGUCCUCGUCCUCGUCCCCGGCCCGGCCCCGGCCCCGGCCGCAGCGCGCCCCACCAUGCAGCCGGAAGCGGUCAGCUGCCGCAUGAGCGGCGCGGCCGGGGAGGCCGGCGCCGCGGGCGCGAUCACCCUGGAGGACCUGGACAGCAUGGCCGAGGAGCAGAGCCCCAGCCACGGCUGCAGCCAGGAGGAGGAGGAGGCGGCGGCGGCGGCCGAGCAGCAGCGCCUGCUCCGCUACUGGCAGAGCGUGGGCCGGGGGCACCAGGUGGACGUGCCCAGGGACAUGGCAGAGCCAAUCCAGCAACUGACCAGAAAUAAUCAACAUCAGGAGAGGGAAAGUAUCCCAUUUACACUGGUACACCGCAAAGAAAAGUUUGGGGAAGUGCUUUACGAAAAACGUCAGUACGGAAAAGCUAAAUGGGCUUGUAUUAAAAUGCAAGAAGAACAGUAUGAACAGAGCAUAUGUCUGGGAUUCAUGAAGCUUAUGAAAUAUAUUUGUGAGCAGAACUCUUCAGGAUUGUACUUGGGGAUGACUAUACCCAUUGUGACUCUAGUGCAUACUAAUGAAUCUCACUCAGAGAUCACACGUUCAGUGACAGUCGCAUACUACCUGCCUGAACUACUGCAGGAGCAGCCACCUCAGCCUUAUGAUUCUGACAUAAUUAUUGAAGAGUGGCCUCCUACUGUUGUUUAUACUAGGAGCUUCAGAGGAGUCACCAAUGAAGACUCUAUAAUGAGAGAAAUAAACUUCUUGGCAGAACUUCUGGAGAGCCCUGAGCUAUGUUUGCAGAAUAUAUUCAUUGUUGCAGGAUACACCAAUCCAGCUGCUGCAAAUCGACACAAUGAAAUAUGGUUCCUGCAAAGACCGUAGCUUCCCAUUUCUGAUGCCUAGCAUUAUCCAAAUUCAGUUUGUACACAAUGGCACGCUUAAAUUUGCAAGUGAAUCAUGUCAGGCUAGUCGACAGCUUUAUAAGUCUUUGUGAUAAACUAUACACAAUUUUUAAUCCUAUUUUCCUAAACUACAUAUCGCAGUCUAUCAAAUUAGCAUGACAAUACAAUUUCGUUAUUGAGCCAUCAGGGUUAAUAUCUGAAAUUUUACUGCCAGUUCUGAAAAAGUCAUACACAAUUUCUGAUUAGUUACUUCAGUUUUUACAGUUUAUCCAUAAUAUUUCUGAGAUUUAUAGUACUUUUCAAACUGAUUCAUGUAAUCUUUGUAAACAAGGUAAAUUCAAGUCACAAAGGUAUAGAUCAUAAGUUCUAGUGUUAAAAAACUAAACUGUUUUUAGAUUUUUCAAAUAUUAACAUAUUAAAUAUUUUUCCACUACAGCAUCUCUAGGGUACCCAAAACAUUUAGCAGGAGAUUUUCAAAAGCGCUCAGCAUUGACCAAACUCUCCUCCCAGGGAAGACGAUAAUAAAAGUUGGGAGCAAAAUUUGGUCAAUGCUGAGCACUUUUGAAAAAUCCCACCCUCGAGUACAGGUUUUCCCCACUCUUCUCAAAAAGAUGUUAACCAAAGUAUUUGUCACCUUUGAAAUACAGAGUCCAGGAUGCGAAGAGUCAGUUGCAUUAUUCAUUCAAGUUCUGUAAGUAAACAGUUCAGUUCUUCCAUUUUUUAAAACUCACUACCAUACCCCCACAUAUGACUGAAUACGGUACUCAGCAGACAGAAAAUAGACAUCAUUCCUACUCAGCUGUUCAACUUACUGAGUGACAUGAACUUUAAAAAGAGAGCUUUGCCUAGAUAUUCAGAAUAUAGUAAUCAAGGCAGAUUAAUUGGCAUCACAGAAACUUGAAGGGAUAAAUCUCCUGACUGAAAUAUUGGUAUAUAGGGGUACAGCUUGUUCAGGAAGGACAGGAAGGGCAAAAAAUGAGGAGGUCCAUAAGGGGGUGGGAGGCAGACUAGUUGAAAGUCUCUGAGUAAAGAUAAAAGGGAGAGAAAAAUGUGUGUGACAUCAUAAUAGGAGUGAAAUAUAGACCACCAGGAAGAAGAAGCGGACAAGGAACCUCUAGAACAGACAACAGAAAUAUCAAACACAAGACCGGAGAGUUACAGCGGAAUAACUAUGUAGACAUCUGUUGGAAAAGUAAUAUGGCAAAGCAUAAGUUCUUGGAAUGUACUGGGAACAACUUGGUGUUUCAGAAAGUGGAGGAAGUAACUGGGGGACAGCCAUUUUAGAUCUGAAUCCAACCAAUGGGGAGGAAUUGGUAAGGAAUCUGAGGGUGGAAGGCAAUUUGGGAAUAACUGAUCAAGAAAUGAUAGAUUCUAAGGAAAGAAAGGAGGAAGAGCAGCAGAACAAGGACACUGCACUUCAAACAAGCAGACUUUAACAAACCCAUGGAACUUUACCUAAGUGACAGAGGAGUUUAGGAAAUCUGGCAGUUUCUCAAGGAGACUAUAUUAUAGGCAGAACAGCCAUCUAUCCCCAAGUGAAGGAAAGAUAGGAAGAAUAGUGGGAGGCAAAUAUGGCUCUUUAAGGAUAUGAAUAUCAAAAAGGAAUCCUACAAAAAAUGGAAACAUGGACAAACUGGUAGGGAACAGUACAAAAAGAACACAGGCAUGUAGGGACAAAAUCAGAAAAGCUAAGGCACAAAGUCAGUUACACUGAGCAAGGGAUAUGAAAGGCGAUAAGAUGAUGUUCUUUAGAUAUAUUAGAAACAAGAGAAAGAUGAAGGAAAGCAUAGGUUCGCUACUUAGCGGGGAAAGAAAGCUAAUAACUGAUGACAUCACCAAGGCUGAUGUGUUUAAUUCCUGUUUUGCUUUAGUAUUCAUUAAAUACUCAACACAAUUAACAUUGACAACAAAAGGGAAGGAACACAAGCCAAAAUAAGAAAAGAACAGGUUAAAGAAUAUUUAUCUAAUUAGAUGUAUUCAAGUUGGCAGGGCCUGACGAAAUUCAUCCUAGAGUACUCAAAUGAGCUGAAGCAAUCUUUGCGCAAUUUGCAAUUUUCUUUAAGAUCUUCUGGAGGAUGGGUGAGGUCCCAUAGGACUGGAGAAGGGCCAAUGUAGUACCUAACUUUAAAAAGGGAACAACGAGGACCUGAGGAAUUCUAGACCACUCGACCUAACAUUGAUAAUUGAAAGAUCCUGGAACAAAUUAUUAAUCAUCAGUUUGUAACAACCUGGAUGAUAACAGGGUUAUAAAUAGCCAACAUAGAUUUGUCAAGAACAAAUCGUGCCAAAUCAACAAACUUCAUUCUUUGACAGGGUUAUUGUUCUAGUAAAUAGGAGAAAAGAUGUGAUGUAUCUUGAUUUUAGUAAGGCUUUUGACACAGUUCCAUAUGACAUUCUCUCAAGCAAACUAAGAAAAAGUGGUCUAAAUUAAAUUACUAUAAGAUGUGUGCACAACUGGUUGAAAGACCAUACUCAGAGUAGUUAUCAAUAAGGCUGCAAAUCUGUCAUGGAUUCCAUGACCGUGGUGACUUCUGCAGUGGCCAGCUGCACCGGCCGCUGCUGGGGCAGUCUCGGGCCAUUGCCGCCCCACUCUGAGCAGCAGCAGGAGUUUGGGUGGAGGGCAGGAGGGGGUGAGGGCUCUGGUUGGCGUUUACCUCGGAGGGGCUCCCCGGUAGCAGUUACAUCCACCUCCCUUGGCUUCUAGAGGGGAGCACGGCCAGGGGGCUCUGUGCACUGCCUGCGCCUGUAGGCACUGUCCGCACAGCUCCCAUUGGCCGUGGUUCCCUGCCAAUGGGAGCUGUGGAGCCAGCGCUCAGGGAAGAAGCAGCGCACAGAGCUGCCAGGCCAUGCCUCUGUGCCUAGGAGCUGAGGGAGGGGGAUGUUGCCACUUCCAAGGAGGCGUGGAGCCAGGUAGGGAGCCUGCCAGCCCCACCCUGCAGCACCAGCCGGGGUCCUGGGCAACACCCCCCCCCCCGAACUCACAACACACCCCCUCCGCCCCCCCAAGCACCCGCUGUGCCACUCGGGCCCCCCCUCCCAACACCCACAGUGCCCCUCGGGCUGCCCCCCCACCCCGGGGGACGAACAGCACCCUCAGGCCGUUCCCCCCCUGGAUUUAGUCAGGGGUAUAUAGUACAAGUCAUGGACAGGUUACGGGCUGUGAUUUUUUGUUUACUGCCCAUGACUUUUACUAAAAAUAUCAGUAACUAAAACAGCCUUAGUUAUCAAUGGUUCAUUGUCAGAUGAUGCGACAUAUCUAGUGGAGUCCCAAGGGGGACAGUGCUGGGUCUGGUGCUAUUUAAUAUUUUCAGUAAUGAUUUGACUGAUGAAGUGGAGAGAAUGCUUAUAAAACUUUCAGAUGACACUUGGCUGGGAGGGGCGGCAAACAUUUUGGAGGACAGGAUUAACAUUCAAAAUUACCUUGACAAAUUGAAGAAUUGGUCUGAAUUCAACAAAAUUAAAUUCAACGAAGACAAGUGCAACAUACUUCACUUAGGAAGGAAAAAUCAAAUGCACAACAACAAAGUGGGAAAUAAUUGGCUAAAUGGCACUACUGUUGAGAAGGACCUGGGAGUUAUAGGGGAUCACAAAUUGAAUACAAGUAAAUAAUGGGAUACUGUUGCAAAAAAAUACUAAUAUUCUGGAAUGCAUUAACAAGGUUGUCAUAUUUAAGACAUUGCGUCAACUGGAGUAGUGUGUCCAAUCCUGGGUGCCACACUUUGGGAAAGAUGUGAACAAACUGGAAAAUCCAGAACAUAGCAACAAAAAUGAUAAAAGCUUCAGAAAAGCUAAUCUAUGAGAAAGGUUAGAAAAACUGGAAUGGUUAGUCUUGAGAAAAGAUGACCAGGGGGAGGGGGGGACACGAUAACAGUCAUCAAAUAGGUUAAUGGCUAUUGUAGAGGAAGGUGAUCAAUUGUUCUCCAUGACCACUGAAGGCAGGACAAGUAGUAAUGGUGUUAAUCUGCAGGAAGGGAUAUUUAGGUUAGGUAUUAGUAAAACUAUAAUGGUAGUUAAGCUCUGGAACAGGCUUCCAAGGGAGGCUGUGGAAUCCCCAUCACUGGAGGUUUUUAACAAUAGGUUGGACAAACACGAUUAGAGACAGUAUAGGUUUAUUUGGCCCUGCCUCAGUGCAGGGCAUUGGACAUGAUGACCUCCCAAAGGCCCUUCCAGCUCUACAUUGCUAUGAUAGCUAGCAUACAGCCUUAUUCUGAAACCCAUUAAGAAGUUCAUCACAUUACAACCGAAGAAGUGUAUUCACAGGAAAAGUCCAGUGGUUAACUGUAUACAAUAUUGAUUAGAUACAUAAAAGAAUUUUCAAAGUAGUUUUUAGAUUACAUUUGUUUCAGUGCCACAUGACUCUCUGCUGCUUUUAUGGAUCCAGACUAACACAGCUACCCCUCUGAUACUUGAAAGAUAUCUUGCGUUAUAUUAAGGGUAAAUAUAUAGCUUAUGCAGACCUAUGAGUUUCAAUACAGGAUCCAGAGAUGCAGUUAGA